AUGUUAACAGCGGUUGGUCUUGAGAUUUUACUCCUGUGCCUUUUAAAGCUCACACAAUCGCAAAAGGCGAAUUGCCCUGGAAAAUCGUUAACAAAUGAUGAGCGUGAUAAAUUGACCGAUUGGCAUAACGCUCAUCGCUCAAAUCUAGCGAAAGGAGCAUUUCCUGGCUACUCUGGGAACUUGAAUGCUGGCAAAAAUAUCUACAAAUUGAAGUACGACUGCAGCCUUGAAGAUAAAGCAGUUGCAUCAACAGCUGGCGUUUGUCGAACUGCAGCUAUGCAUGAUGCGCAAAAUGUUCAAGCGUAA